GGAAGUUACAGCACUGAACCGAAACUUGAAUAGAAUGCGCAGACUGUAGUUGCAUUUCCGCCAAAAUCUUCAAAGUUUACCCGGUUCAGUGACGAAGAAUAGGUGAGGUUGCCAUCUGUUUUGUCGGGAAACUUCAGCGAAAUGUAGCAGAUUGUGGAUGCAAAGAGUUCAAAUUUGUCCCUGUGACGAAAAACGAGACAGAGGAGGAAGAGAUAGACUGCCGUUACAGACAAUCAGACUUCUCCAGGCUGUAAAUGACAGAGAAGAUGACUGCGAGCACAGCCAACUACCUGUGGUCUUUGGGAGAUGUGCUUGGUCAGGGGGCCACAGCCAGCGUCUACAAGGCCCGCAACAAGAGGACAGGGGAGCAGGUUGCGGUGAAGGUGUUUAACCAUUUGAGCUACAGCCGUCCGUAUGAGGUUCAGAUGAGAGAGUUUGAAAUGCUCAGGAGACUCGACCACAAAACCAUCGUCAAGCUCUUCUCUGUGGAGGAGCUGAGCAAUAAACAAAAGGUGUUGGUGAUGGAGUAUUGUUCAGGAGGCAGCCUGCUCAGUCUGCUGGAAGAGCCAGAGAACGCCUUCGGUCUGCCCGAGACAGAGUUCCUCAUAGUACUACAGUGUGUGGUGCAAGGGAUGAACCAUCUGCGUGAGAACGGGGUGGUGCACCGGGACAUUAAGCCUGGGAACAUCAUGCGUCAGGUGGGAGAGGACGGAAGGUCCGUUUAUAAGCUAACAGACUUCGGAGCGGCCAGAGAACUAGAGGAUGAUGAGAAGUUCGUCUCCAUCUAUGGAACAGAGGAAUACCUGCACCCAGACAUGUAUGAGCGUGCAGUACUGCGUAAGCCUCAGCACAAGGCCUAUGGUGUGAGUGUUGACCUGUGGAGUAUUGGAGUGACGUUUUACCACGCUGCCACCGGUUCUUUGCCCUUCACACCCUACGGAGGACCCCGCAGGAACAAACCCACCAUGUAUAAGAUCACCAAAGAGAAGCCAGUAGGGGCCAUUGCCGGAGGUCAGAAGGUCAACGACGGACCUAUAGAGUGGAGCUACCACCUACCAAACAACUGCCUGCUCUCAAAGGGUCUGAGGGAUCAGCUAGUCCCAGUGUUAGCUGGGAUACUGGAGGCAGACCAGGAGAAGUGUUGGGCAUUUGACCAGUUCUUUUCUGCCACCACAGAGAUACUACAGAGAGUCUCAGUCUAUCUGUUCUCCCUGCAACAGGCCACAGCUCACCGCUUAUACAUUCACCACUACAACACGGCGGCCAUCUUCUGUGAGGAAGUGGCGUCUCAGACAGGGGUGGGGCUGGAGCAACAGCACUUCCUGUUCCUAGGUCAUGACCUUUCCCUGGAGGGCUCUAUGAAGGUGGUCAACUUCCCCUCCACCUCGCCCUCCCAGCCGCUACUUCUGCUUAGCCGCACUCCAGAGACGCACGCUGGCCUCCCCUUCAGAGAACCUGAGAUGCCCAACAUCCCAUCCCGGUUUGACGUUGUGGCAGACUACUCUUUCUCCAAGUUGAUAGUAGGAGUGAUCUAUCAGUACCUGAGGAUAGUGCGUUCCUUGCACACACACAGAGAACUGUUCUUACAUGGAUACUACAGCUACAUGGAGAAGGUGGGUAGGGAGUGUGGUGACUCGCUGCUCAGUAUCAGCAUGGUCAACAUGAGACUGCACUCCUGCCUCAGUUCUGAGCACAGACUACACACACUAGGACAGUUCCCCCUGCAAGCCCCAGAGUCCACUGACGACAGCAAGAAGCUGCGACUGAUCAGGGAGAACCUGCCAGUGUACGCCGGAGGGAUCCGGGAAUUCCAGACCCGUCUAGAACACCUGCAUGUAGAACUGGCCAAACACUCUGAGAAUCUGUCUGAGGACAACAGCAUCCAGAAGAUGGAGGUCCUCCUGGAGAAGAUCAUGGCCAUCCACCAACAGUACCGCAAGGACCGACUGACUGGAAAGCUUGCCUACAAUGAUGAGCAGAUACACAAGUUUGAGAAGCUCCACCUGUCGUCCCAUAUAAAGCGUGUGAAGGUUCUGUUUAGAGAGGAAUGUCUACAGAAGUAUCGAGACCUGCUGGCCUCAGCAUCGACCUGGAGCAGUGUUCUCCGUGAGAUGCAGUGCAGGCUGUCAGACUUUGGCAUUUUCUCCCGAGGGCUGAUGGGGGACCUGGAGAUGUGUGAGGAGCGCCAGAACAAGUUCCUGGACAGAGUCCUGCUCAGAGUCCAGCCAGGACAGACAGGCCCAGGGGGUCAGGAGGCCACACCCAGGGACAAGGACCACAUGGUCCUCAGGAUGCAACAGCUAAAGGAGGAGAUGGAGAUAGUGGUGAGAGAGUUGCAAUCCAACAACAACAUCAUUGAGAGUCUGGGAGCUGUUAACUCUGCAACCAUGCUGGAGCCUGAUCUACCCAGUCCCAUCGGACUGUGACCAGACAACCCCACACACACACUCACAGACGGACGGACGGGCGGGCGGACGGACGGACGGACGAACAGACAGACAGACAGAUGAACAGACAGAUGAUAAGAUGAA